AUGAUCGCAAGGCAAAAACUUGUUUCUCUUUCACUUGAAGCAAUCAGUUUGCGCCAGAGCUUCGGCAGACUAACAUCUUCGCGGUUCACCUAGGUCGGUCUCGGUUGUUGCGGUUAACUCGUGUUCGAGCUGAGGCAAGAGAAGUUUAUACUUAAUCAUCACUUUGCACGCGGUUCUGUGAUUUUAUGUCAGAAAAGUGUUAGAUUUUGUGCAACCGUCAAUUAGUGGCAAUCAGUGGGGAUUCCUUUCGGUUUUAGAAGAGAGUGUAGCGAGAAGGAAAUAUCAAUAGCAUCGACAGUGGCAGCAGGAGCACCAACAUCGACUACAACGGUGGAAAAGCUACAAUAAGUGACAAGCCAGCGACGACGGAGAAAAAAUGGCAACGAAAACAACAGUAAUCGUUUUAGCAUCGCUAUUGAUUGGGCUGAGCGCGGCGCAGCGACAGGAUCAGGACGACCCGUGCAAAACCAAAUCCAAAGUGGUGGGCGACGUGACGUACUGCGACCGGUACUGGGAGUGCGUUAACAAUCAACCGGAGCUGUACGACUGCCCCAACGGACUGGUGUUUGCCGGCAAGCAUCGGGGCGUGACGGAAGGAUGCGACUAUCCGUGGCGAUCGGAUUACUGCGAGGGCAAGCAGUUGGCAAAUGGGCCUAUCUCAACGGAGCACUGUGACUGGCUGUAUGGUAUCUUUGGCCACGAGACGUCCUGCACGCGUUACUGGACCUGCUGGAACGGAACGGCCACCGAGCAGCUCUGCAUCGGAGGUUUGCUGUACAAUGAAAAUGCUCACAGCUGCGACUGGCCCGAGAACGUUGACGGAUGUCAGAAGCACCCCCUCUGCAACGAUGACGCUAAUGGAAACGUACCGCUCGGAAAGUCCUGCAACCGUUACUGGCAGUGUCAGGGAGGAUACCCACGGCUCCAGCGGUGUCCAGCCAUGCUCGUGUUCGACCGGCGAAGCCUGCGCUGUGUGGUGCCCCCGACCGAGGAUUGCGACGUCCCAACCACACCGCUGCCAUUCGAAGGUGAUCUGGAGCAGGGCAAGGGUAAUGCCAUUUCGAAUCUGCCACCGGGCGCCAUCCAGGGCAAACCGAGCGGAGGACGGAACAAAAACUAAACUCUCGUGAUAAUGACUGCACUGAGGAAAUGUUCGUUAGUUAAGGAUUUCCUCGUCGACAUCGGUCCCUUCGGAGCAUCAACAUCAACAUCAACAUCACCAGCAGCGGCAGCGGUUGCCCGAAACUAGGAGAGGAUGUAACCCACAGCAACAGCGAGGACCACUAUAAUGACAGCGCUAGAUAGAAGAAAAUUGGACGGUCCCAGCGCGUUGCUGAAAAAGUUCAGAACAUUGCUUUAAUCUGACGAUUUAUUCCCCAAAAGCGACCCGUCCCAUCCAUUACACCAAGUAUAGAGUAGCCGACGGCGACGACGACGUCUGAGAACUCGGCCAAUAAUUUUCGCCCGACGGCGAGGACUCCACUUCAAGCAGAACUCCGAAAGCACGUGCAAAUGAAAACUUCAUAAGUUUUGUAUAUAAAUAAUAUUUUUAAUUGAAAAUAAUGUUUAUACUAUUAUAUUAUUUCUCACUCGUUUUUAUUGUGCUUUAUUAUUUAAAACCAGAAAAUGAGAAACUGAGUAAGCAGCGUAAGAUAAAUAAACCGGUAAAACACAAAACCCCACUCAAUUUACGAAAGAUG